GGGAGAGGGUCGUGACUUCAUCGGAUACUAUCUUUUCUAAAAAAUGGUUACUUUCAGGUUUCAGCAGUACCAGGUUGUUGGAAGGGCUCACCCAACGGAGAGCGAUGAACAUCCCAAGAUUUACAGGAUGAAGCAUUGGGCCACCAAUGAGGUUCGGGCCAAAUCCAAGUUCUGGUACUUCCUGAGGAAGCUGAAGAAGGUUAAGAAGAGCAACGGUCAAGUCCUUGCCAUCAACGAGAUUUUCGAGAAGAACCCGACCAAGAUCAAGAACUAUGGUAUCUGGCUCCGCUAUCAAAGUCGUACCGGUUAUCACAACAUGUACAAGGAAUACCGAGACACUACUUUGAAUGGAGCUGUCGAGCAGAUGUACACCGAGAUGGCUUCUCGUCACAGGGUGAGGUUCCCCUGCAUCCAGAUUAUUAAGACCGCAACCAUCCCGGCUAAGCUAUGCAAGAGGGACAACACCAAGCAGUUCCACAACUCGAAAAUCAAGUUCCCAUUGGUGGUCAAGAAGGUGAGGCCACCUACCAGGAAGCUGAAGACUACCUACAAGGCGUCAAGGCCCAACCUGUUUAUGUAGUUUCUCUCAUUCAAUCAAUGGGAGGGAGUUAAGGUAAUUGUAGUUCUACAAUCUUUCAUAGUGAACAUCUAUCGGUUUGUCGACUGGGUAUUGUAUUCGUUCGAGAAGCCUAGGCUAUCAGGAAGGUCGAACUUUAAUCUUUUGGGUUUCAAUAUCUUGUUUUGUUUACU